AGGUUUUAUUGUUGUAUAUAUAUCAACUGUUAGAACUUUUAUUAUAUAUACCUUGAAUAAAAAAAAAUUGUAUUUAAAAAAGUGUGUAAUUUUAAAUGUCAGUGAGCAUGUCAUAUGGAAGAGGUGAUUUAACAAGUGAUGGCUUCAACAGUUCAGCAUCAUAUAACACUGGUUCAUACCAGAAUUCUGGAGGUACCCAGGAUUACACCAGACUUACUCAGCUUAUAGGAACAAACAUUCAAAAAAUUGCGCAAAAUGUCCAAGAAUUUAAACGAAUGGUUAAUCAAUUGGGGACCAAUCAAGACACACCCGAUCUAAGAAACAGACUGCACCAGAGACAACAUCAUACAAACCAAAUAUCAAAAGACACAGCUCGUUAUUUAAAAGAUGUCAAAGGACUACCUUCCACCCAAGCAGCAGCUGAACAGAGACGGCGAAAAACACAAACUGAACGACUAAUGGCUGAUUUUAGUGAUGUACUUAACUCAUUCCAAGCAGCACAGAGGGAAGCAGCUACAACAGAAAAAGAAUGCGUUGCAAGAGUUCGAGCAUCAAGUACAGCUCAUCAAGAACCAGGAUCUGAUGUUCUUAUUAAUAUACAAGGUACAAUGCAAGACCAACAGCAAGCCACUGUAUCAGCUGAGGAACUGCAGGAUAUAGAAGAAAGAGAAACUGCUAUACGGCAACUUGAGGCAGAUAUAAUGGAUGUAAAUAUGAUCUUCAAAGACCUGGGUACAAUGGUGCAUGAGCAGGGAGAAAUGAUAGACAGCAUAGAGGCGAAUGUUGAGCACGCAGAGCAAGAUGUUGUACAGGGGAAUGUUCAACUUGUACAAGCACGUGCAAGCCAGUCAAGUGCACGGAAAAAGAAGUUAAUCUGUUUCAUCUUACUUAUUGUUGCUAUCGUUGUGAUUGCACUGAUUAUCUAUUUCUCUGUGAAGAAAUGAAGCACAGACAAUGUGCCCUGGUUAGCUAGCACCAUUCCUUUUACAAGCAAAGCCGUAUUACAUCGGUCAACCAAUUACUAAACUUCCAAUUCCCAAUAUUUUUUGAUUUUUUACCCAAGCAAAAGUGAACGAAAAUUGCUUUGGCAAAAACUUUAGAACUAUAUAUAAAUUUAGAAAUAUAUAUAUAUUGUUUUUGUUUACGCUAUUUUGCAAUAUAAUUCUAAUAUCACAAUGUGUUGUGCCCUGGCUUAGGAUGCAGUUUACCUUGUUAAAGGUGUUCCUCAAUAAUAAGUUGAAAAAACUUUAGCAAAAUACUUACUUUAAUUUUCCCAGGUUGUUGUCCAGGUCACAGUACAAAUAUGCGUAUAAUCUUCAGUUACUUAACUUCCUUGUUGGUGUAAAACUCCCCGCUGUUCUGCAAAUGAAAACAUGUAUAACUGUAUAUUUAAAACCGAUAUGUUAUGUAAAUACGCAUUUUGUGGAUUUAUUUAAAAUUUAUGUCUAUUCUAUAUAUAUUCUAUAUUUCAUGUGUGUGCUGUUGUUUCCCUCUAUUUAUUGUCAUAUCACUGAAAAUUAAUUUGAAAUCCCAAACCCAGUACUUGACGUGGUUGGUAGUUUUACUGAGAAUUUAAAACUAUUAUGCUAUUAAGGAUAGAAAACUGAUAAUAAAUAAAUAAACCAAAAUA